CGCUGGGGUGGAAGGGAAGAAGCCGGGAUGGCCGGAGGGCGAAGCGAGAGGGUUGCUAGGCUGGCAGCGGCGGCACUCCUGGCGGCGAUAGGCUUGGCCGCCGCGCUGGACAACGGGCUGGCUCGGACGCCGCCCAUGGGCUGGCUGCAUUGGGAGCGCUUCCUCUGCCAGACGGACUGCGAGCGGGAGCCCCGCGACUGCAUCAGUGAGCAGCUCUUCAUGCAGAUGGCUGACCGGAUGGCGUCAGAGGGAUGGAAAGAUGUUGGGUACCGUUUCCUGUGCAUCGAUGAUUGUUGGAUGGCUCCCACUCGGGAUAAACAGGGACGGCUACAGCCAGACCCCAAACGCUUCCCCAGCGGGAUUAAGAAACUCGCAGAUUAUGACAAAAGCUUUGAGCUGUGGGAACGGCCGCUCUCCGAAGGAGCUUUUGCCGUAGCUGUAAUAAACCGGCAGGAGAUGGGUGGACCAAAGGCAUAUCUCCUCCCCACCAUGAUCAUUGGGAAUGGCAUAGCUUGUAAUCCCAGUUGUUUGAUCCAGCAAAUUCUUCCUACCAGGAGAAACCUGGGGCUACACAACUGGGUUUCGUUUUUGAAACUGGAGGUGAACCCAACUGGAACGGUGCUGCUGAAGAUAGUGGUGAACACAAACACACUUUUUAUUGGCAAUGGGAAAAGCUACCCUAAAGACCUCUUAUAAUGUGACAGCAUCCUCCCUUCUCAAAUGCUACGAAGAGCAUCUAAGGCAGCGCCUACAGAACCUCCUGAAGCAAUCAAAGGAAAAUUGCUUGUAGAGUCUUUGCUUCAAGAGACGGAUUGUCAAAAAAAUGCUUUUAUGGCCUUUCCGGGAUUCUGAAGAUUUUUAAGCCUCGAAAGGAUGACAUUAUCUGUCUUUCUUUCUGGAGGCACAGCUGGAAAAAAAAAGUUAGCUCACUUGACCGUGUUUGUCAAGUGGUUUUAUACAAACACAACUGUUGUGUUACAAUAGUAGCCCGUUUCUUUCUGAGGUGGGCUUUGCCGGGAUACAAAAAAGAUGACCGUAAUUGUAUAUACUUGCAGUUGCUUCUCAACAAUCACUAGAUGAAAAUGGAGAUACAAAAGAAUGCAAUAGCUGUACGGGUAAAUUGUGAAAUAACCAAAGAAAUUCUUAAGAGAGGAUUUAAAUGCACUUUGCUACUCCUAAAAUUCAACAGAUUUUAGUUCUGAUGUAGGCUCUGCACUUACAUCGGAAUGGCACUACUUAAGACUUUGACCUUGAGAAUUCCAGCCUUAAUGUCUGAACAUGAAUUUUGCAGUUCAUUACAAUGUUUCCCCCUCCCCACCAAGAUUUCCCUCUCCAUUGUUUCAAUAAAUCUUUUCUGCCUGCACUGAUGCUAGCUUUGUCCAAGGCAGCCACUGAUUGGAGGGCCCAGAUUAUGAUCAAGUCAGCGAAACUGUCACGUUUAUUCCAGUUACUGUUCCUUCUUGAAGGAGAACGAAGACCAAAGGAAUCUAAUCAACUGCUUUGAGCCAGUUUGCGGAAGGAGAAUAAAAUAUCAAAGUUUUGUGAACGUUUCUUCAAACAGAAAAUAGCUUCCAUCGUGUUCUUUGAAUAAAUACGCACAUUAAAAAUUGUAAUUAAUGUCUUGGA